CGUCCACGGGGGAGGCUUAACUUUGCCUUUGUUAGCGCUUAGGCUCCUCCGAGCGCCAUGUCACGCUGGCCCACUAGCCUGGCAGAAAUUCUUCCAGGGCAGCAUUUCUGGCAGCCCAGCACCCCUAUAGGGAAGUAUUACAGAGGGCUGUAAGGGCUGAAGAUCGGUCCGAUGAGUGGUGGAGAUGUGCCGGCAAUCACCAACCACGCAGGCAGGCACCCACAAACGCAGUCGCCAGGCCCGGCCAGAGCACGCAUGCAUGCACCAGGAUGUCCCGUGGAGAAGGGGAUGCAGCUUACAUGGUAACUGGAGAGGCGAGGCAAGUACCGCAAGAGGUGGGGAUAGCUUCCAAGAGUAAUUAUAUAUACCUGCUCGCCAUCCCCUCCAUUUCCGGGGUACGAUAAUCACUCAAGUCUGUAUUGAACUCUUGAAUCGAUAAUAUGUUGGGUGCUUCUCUUCGCAAGGUCGCCCUCGGCUGUCUUGCCGCUGCCUCUGCCUUGACCGGCGUGGCUGCUGCUACCACCAAGUCCCUUGAGGAGCGUGCUUCCUCUGCCGACCGUCUCGUCUUCUGCCACUUCAUGAUCGGCAUUGUUGGUGACCGUACCUCCUCCAGCGACUACGACGAUGACAUGCGCCGCGCCAGAGACGCUGGCAUCGACGCCUUUGCCCUCAACAUUGGUGUUGACUCCUACACCGACACUCAGCUCGGUUUCGCCUACGAAUCUGCUGCACGCAACGGUAUGAAGGUCUUCAUCUCCUUCGAUUUCAACUGGUGGCACACUAGCGACGGCAACGCUGUUGGCCAGAAGAUUGCCCAGUACAAGGGCCGUGACGCUCAAUUGAAGGUUGAUGGCCGUACUUUUGCUUCCUCCUUUGCCGGUGACGGUCUCGAUGUCGAUGCCAUGCGCUCUGCUGCCGGCGACAACGUCUACUUCGUCCCCAACUUCCAUCCCGGCCAGUCCAGCAGUGACAAGAUCGACGGUGCUCUCAACUGGAUGGGUUGGGACAGCGAUGGCAACAACAAGGCUCCCAAGGACGGCCGCCGUGUAAGCGUUGCUGACGGUGACAACUCUUACAAGUCGUGGCUGAAGGGCAAGUCUUACCUCGCUCCUGUCUCUCCCUGGUUCUUCACCCACUUUGGCCCCGAGGUUUCCUUCUCCAAGAACUGGGUCUUCCCUGGUGGCUCCCUGCUUUACGACCGCUGGAACACCGUCCUCCAGCAGGGCUUCCCCAUGGUUGAGAUUGUCACCUGGAACGACUACGGCGAGUCUCACUACAUUGGUCCCCUCAAGUCUCCUCACUACGACGACGGCAACUCCAAGUGGACCAACGACAUGCCCCACGAUGGCUGGUUGGAGCUCUCCAAGCCCUUCAUCAAGGCUUACAAGGCCAAGGCCAAUUCCGUCAACAACUACAUCGAGAAGGACCAGAUCAUCUACUGGUACCGCCGCACCCUCCGCUCGCUCGACUGCGACUCCACCGACACCACCUCUGGCCGUCCCGCGAACAACGCCUCUGGCAACUAUUUUGAGGGCCGCCCCGAUGGCUGGCAAUCCAUGGACGAUGUUGUCUACGUCGUCUCCUACCUCAAGUCUGCCGGUACCAUCACCGUCUCCUCUGGUGGCCAGACCAAGACCGAGAAUGCCCCCGCUGGUGCUCACAUCUUUACUGUUCCCGCUGGUGUCGGUAAGCAGCGCUUCACUCUCUCGCGCAACGGGCAGAACGUCCUCGACUCCACUUCGCUCAUGGACAUCUCCAACGUCUGCCCUUGCGGUCUCUACAACUUCAACGCCUACGUCGGCACCGUCCCUGCCGGUGAGAGCGACCCUCUCCAGGCCCACGGCCUCGCCUCACUCACCCAGGGUCUGCACGUCUCGACCUGCCAGCCUCAGCCUUCACUGGGCACCAACCCUCCCGGCCAGAACCCUCCUCCUACCACUACUCCUCCUGGCAACCCUCCUACCACCCAGCCUCCUGGUGGCGGUAACCCCCCUCCUACCAGCGCUCCUCCUAGCGGUGGUCAGGCUUGUAUAGAGGGUACCAACGCUGACGGUGAGAGUGGCAACUUCUCCGGUCUCUGCGCUUUCGCCUGCCGCUACAACUACUGCCCCAAGGGCCCCUGCAAGUGCACCAAGUACGGUGCUGCCAUUGCUGCCCCUGCUACCAACAACCGCAACGGCUGCCCUCUCCAGGGUGAGAGCGAUGCCUACAAGGGUCUUUGCAGCUUCGACUGCAACCACGGCUACUGCCCCGACACUGCUUGCCGCUACUGCUAAAGGUAGCUUGUGUAGAGCCGCGCGCAGAGUUUCGUAUAUAUACACUUAGACAUGUAGACGAAUUGUAAAUUUAAAUAAAUGAACAUAA